UCCAACUAACCAAUGGAUGGUCUACAUACAACCGGCACGUGACCGACACGAACAAAAUGUAGAGGCAUAUAUGGAUGAAAAACAUGAAUUAUGUCUUCGAUUUAUCCGAUCUGUAAAGACGUCCGAACAACUUCUGGUGUGGUAUAAUGAUGAAUUAGCCAGAUACAAGGAUAUACCCAUACUGAAACCACAGAACAUCAGAGAAAAGGUAGAGAGGAUAUCUCGUCUGCCCCAAAUGACGCAUACGACGUCUGACCAAGCCAUCAAUUUAUCAAAGAGAGAUGUAAUGUUUAGCACAGCCUCGCCGAUUAAUCCAGCGUCCACAGUAUCCCAACCUAUUCAAAUUUUCAACCAUAUUCACACGCCAGCUUUUCCUAUUGCCAUGGACAACACGGCUCUCCGAUUGUAUCAUCCCUUCCUCUCGCCUUAUAAUGCGCCCACCAGAAUGUGUUGCAAUCAGAUACCAUCAGUUCACCACGUCAUCGACAACAGAGAUCACUGCAUAUCAUCAUACGAAAGAAGCUUUACUUCAUCAUCUCCCGGUGUAAAUAGACACUCACCUCCCCAUAUGCCUUGUAACUUCCCUUUACCAUCGGACAAACAGGGAGAACCCUUGGACUUGCUCCCCAAAUCACUUUAUACUAGUAAAUCACGACGUGGCCACCUGUGUAUUUAUUGUGGUAAACUUUAUUCCAGAAAAUAUGGACUCAAGAUACAUUUAAGAACUCACACUGGCUACAAACCGUUAAAAUGUAAAGUCUGUUUACGACCAUUUGGCGACCCUAGCAACCUGAACAAGCACGUCAGACUGCACGCGGAAGGAGACACCCCCUAUAAAUGUCAGUUCUGUGGCAAGGUUCUAGUUCGUCGGCGCGAUCUUGAAAGACACAUUAAAUCUCGACAUCCUGACCAAAGUGUUGUUAAAAGUGAAAUAGAAGCCGACAGUUCAACCGUAGACUCGAGUUUAGAAGAAGUUGAUUCUGAUUCGGCAGAUAAUGAACUUAUCGUGGCCUAA